AAAACAAGUGGCAGCGGUGAAGAGCUACUUUUCCAGUGCAAAACUUGUGUGUUUUUCGUUCUCCUCGUCGUCGUCGUCGUCGUCUCGUCGUGUGUGUUUCUGUGUUUCGGUGUUGAGUGUGAAGAAAAACGCGUGCGACUUCGCGAACGCUCGUCCGGGUUGGGGUGGAAACGUGUGAAGGGGUGGUUAGUGUGGAUCGAUUGCCAAAGGAUUAACACACACACGCAGCAGCAGCAGCAGGAGCAGGAGCAGGAGGAGGAGUGGAACGGUCCCGAUUCGAACGCAGCAAAAACGGAGCACUUUUGCAACCGUCGCCGGGAGCAGCAACAGCAGCCGCAAGAAACUUGUCCGGAGUGCUGUUAUGCCUUGUUACGAUUGAAUCAAAAUAUUUACCCGCAUAUCUCCGGUGGACUGCAGUCCUGCUUCGGCAGAGUACAUCGAACCGCAGCGGACCCCGCCGGAACAGCGGACAGCAGCCUCCUUCUGGUGGGCCCGACCGAGUAUCAUCACAGCCGCCUCGAUCCCCACCAGCACGAGACUCCUGCGGCGACGGGAGCCACUAGAAAAAGAUCCACCAGUAGACUGCAGCUGUCCUCAAGCAACAACGCCUACUACCACCCCGUACUUUUAACCCCCCGAACGGCGUACCCAGCCAGUUUACAUCUGAACGCAAUGGACGAGAACGAAGUGAUGGCUGCGUACCUGUGGAGCAAACAGUCCCAGGAUCUAUACGCCAGCCAUGGGCUGAAGGAUUUGCACCAUCUGCAUCAGGAUUUCAUCAUCAACGACUACACGGACAAGAUCGCCACCAACAUCGACCUGCUCGAUACGGAGCUGAAGUUUGCCUGGGCGGCGCUGAAUUUGCUCAACGAAGAGUACACCCGGAUGUCGGAGAAGGUGUUCAAGCUGCAAUCGUUGAACGUGUCGCAACAGCGGAUCGUGCAGAAUUUGCAGUUCAUGGAGGAGAACCGGAAGGCGUACCUGGACAUGAUACCGGACUAUGCUCGGCAUCACGAUUUCUCGCUGCAGGAACAGUCGAGGCUGCGGGAAGAUUUGCAAUAUCGAGAUUGUAUCAACGAGGCGUACAUGAGCCAUAUGAUGCCACCGGAGGCCGCUGCGGCUUAUCCUUACGAGUACGGACCCAUGGAGGAGGUUGCUGGUUACGAAGGACAGGAGUAUUGGCUGAUGAGGCGGAAUCUUUCCAACAUUCCGGAGGUGCUGCAAGAGCAGCAGCAGCAGCCUUCGCUGCAAGAUCAGUACGAUGAGAUGGCGGCUCGGUAUCAGCAUGACGCGGCACGGCUGUCCACCAAUCCGUUCCUAUCGACGGUGGAAGCUGAGGGUGGCAUUCUGAGGGAGAUCGAACCAGCCGACAAUGCGGCACUGAUUGAGCAGCAGCUGAGGGCUUCGUUCCUGAAUCAUGCCAAACAGAUGGAGUUGGAGUAUGGAUCGCCUCUGGCGAGACAGCACGCGGUAGAGCAAAGCAUCGAGCGGAUGAGCAAUGGGGACAUCAAACAGAUGAUGACGAAGGUGAUGGAGGAUGAAGAUGUGGCGUCGUUGAGCAGCGAGGAGGUUGAUAAGGUGCGGACGUUUAUGGCUAAGAAUUGUGGUGACUUGCGGGAGGUUUUUGCCGAAGAGUUCUCUCCACUGGCUAAGGAUAAUAAAGCUGGCGAGAAGCUGAUCGCCCGGAAUAAGUUGGGAGGCGUUAGCCCCAAAAAGGACUUCACCAAGUAUAUUAAUUUACCCCACGCCGAGGGGAUCGCUUCGCUAACGAGCGACGAUCUUUUGACGGUCGAAGACGGGACAAUCAUAAUUCAGGACAGUGCCGGAACGAGAAACAACGAAUUCCAACUCAACCUCACGGCCGCUCAUCCAGUAAAUGGCCUCGGGGGAUCGGGGUCGCCUAAGAAGCUAAGCGAAUUCUCGCCGUUCGGCUUGCAGAAGUAUCUAGUGAAGGACCCCCGCCUGCUGGAGAAGGAGAAUAAUCUAAACCUCGCCGAUUUGAUGAACAGUAAACCGUGCGCGGACAGCGCGUUAACCUAUACGAAUACGAACGGAGAAUCGGAGUCGAUUUUCAGCCAAAGCUUUAAGGAGGCUGUCGAAGCGAAGUUGGCCGGCCAGGCGGUCCAGAUUGCGGGCAACAUGAUGGGCCUGGGAGAGCCGGUUCCACUCUUUCCGACGGUCACCAUGAAACCAAAUAUCAGCGAAGCUCUGGAGGCGGCCUCCGCCUCCUCCGCUGUACACGUGGACUGUAGAAGACCAAGCAUCACAGAAGCUUCCGAAACUAGGCGCGUAAGUGUUACCGAAUCAUUGUUCUCAACUGUAGUUAGAAAACCAAGUAUAACCACGGCUACCGAAAUGCCGAGCAAGGUUAGCGUAAGCGAAUCUACCGAGUCGCAACCGCAGCAACAGCAGCCGCUGUUUGCAACGAUUCCCCGGAAGGCGAGUCUAAACGAACCGCUGGAACCGUCAGCUUUCCAACCGUUCGUACGAAAAUCUAGCAUAAAGGAGCCCCCGUCGAGUCCUCCCAUGUUCACUCCACUUCCCGGGCAGACUUCGAUCACGGAUACCCCCGAGAUGCAAGCCAUCUACGAAUCACUUUCGCGUAAAUCCAGCAUUCCAACGCUCGGAGACGGGAUAUUCUUCCCAUCGCUGGAUAUCUCCGAUUCAGGAUUCGCAGAAUCCACCGAUGGAAUGGGUCUUUUCCCUACGAUACCCCUGACACUCUCAUCCAGUGACGCUCCGGUCAGUUUACAGGACUUCUCAACCCUCUCAACCAUAUCGAACGUUCCGGAGACUUCGGAAGCAUCUUCCUUCCUGCACAUUUCCAUGAAUUCGUCCGGAAUCAGUGAAGCCUCCGAUAGUCUAACGAUGCCAGUAUCGACUGCCGAACCUACCCCGCUCCACACCACUGCGAAGGACGUCCCGGAAAAAAUAUCCACCUUACCACCCAUAUCAGCUGCACCGGCAACAAUCGCAGCCCUAGCCGACAGCAAACCGAUAGCUCAAGCCACGGCCCCUCCGGUGACCCUAAUCUCAACGACGACCGUCAAACCAACACCCAGCGUCAGCUCCGCCACCGUCGCACCGACUGCUCAACCGCCAGCCAAACCAACACCAAGCUUAGCUCAAAAACCAGCACCGCAACCUGCAGCUCCUCAACCGCAACCGGCAGCAGCUCCCCAACCACAACCACAACCACAGGAGCAAAAACCUGGCUUCUUCCAGGCGCCCGCGGCCUUCGGAAGUUUCUUCAACAAGGCCACCAAAAACUUUACCCACCAGGACAGCUCGGACAGCCUUAUCAGCACCAAAUCGAAGUCCUUCUUCGCCUCGAUGAAAAGCUCCUUCUCGCUGGAUUCCUCCAAGCAAUCCCAAGAUCAGGAACAGCAACAACAGCAGCAGCAGCAGGAGUCGGAACCGGACCCGUCGACAGCUUCCUCACUGGAGCUUCAAUCGCCCCCAUCCAGCGGUGAUCAGACGGCUUCGGGCGCGGUAAUACUGCUGGCACCAGAAGAAACCACAACUGCUUCACCCCCACUACAAUCCCCAGCAGACGUAGGACAGGCACUGGUUCAACAACAACAACAGCAGAGUACACCAGUGCAGGAGCAGCAGCUGUUCUCUCCGGGGGCGGGGGACCCAUUGGCGAGUUCAGAAUUUCCGACCUUGAACGGCACAACGACAACCAGCGCACAAGAGUUCCCCGCCGAACAGCAGGACGACGAAGCACCGAAACCGACGCACAGAAAGCAGAGCUUAUUUCGAACCCAAGGAAGUGAAGAUGGCGAAGGAGGCAGCAAGUGGAAGCUGCUGAAAACACUCAAGGAGAAGCGGAUAGAGGAGAAGCAAAAGGUAGCGGAUAGUGAAGAGGGUGGCGAUGAACCGGGCAUCUUCAAAAAGGUCGACGUUACAAAGCCCGAGGAAGACGAGGUAAAUUCUACUAGCCGGGAUAGUUCGACAGGGCUUAAACGCAAUGGAACGUCGGAUAGUGGACGAGGAAAUGGUAUGGGAGACAAUACUUUCUACAGCAACAUCGACAGCAUGCCGGAUAUUCGUCCCCGGCGGAAGUCGAUACCGCUGGUGUCGGAGCUGACGAUGGCAGCCACAAAGCGUCAAGCAGGUCUGACUUCGGCGGUUCCCCGUGCGACACUCAACGAUGAAGAACUGAAAAUGCACGUCUACAAGAAGGCCCUCCAGGCGUUGAUCUAUCCGAUCUCAUCGACCACUCCGCACAACUUCGUACUGUGGACAGCGACUUCCCCGACGUACUGCUACGAGUGCGAAGGACUGCUCUGGGGUAUCGCCCGGCAGGGUGUUCGGUGCACAGAGUGCGCGGUCAAGUGCCACGAAAAGUGCAAAGAUCUUCUGAAUGCGGAUUGUUUGCAGAUGUGCUUUGCUGGAGCGUCGGAAAAGAGUUCGAAACACGGUGCCGCCGAGGACAAGGCCAAUUCGGUGAUCGCCGCCAUGAAGGAACGCAUGAAGCAACGGGAGCGCGAUCGGCCCGAGAUUUUCGAAGUUAUUAGGAAAGUGUUCAACGUGGAGGAGAAAAGUCACGCAGGGCACAUGAAGGCGAUCAAGCAGAGCGUGCUGGAUGGUACCAGCAAAUGGUCGGCUAAGAUCGCCAUCACCGUGAUCUGCGCCCAGGGUUUGAUUGCGAAGGAUAAAAGCGGCACCAGCGAUCCGUACGUUACCGUCCAGGUUAGCAAGGUGAAGAAGCGAACGCGUACGAUGCCGCAGGAGCUGAAUCCGGUGUGGAAUGAGAAGUUUAACUUCGAAUGUCACAACUCUUCCGAUCGCAUCAAGGUGCGCGUCUGGGACGAGGACAAUGAUCUGAAGUCCAAGCUGCGGCAGAAGUUGACGCGCGAAUCCGACGACUUCCUCGGGCAGACAAUCAUCGAGGUGCGGACGCUGUCGGGCGAAAUGGACGUCUGGUACAAUCUGGAGAAGCGAACGGACAAGUCGGCCGUCUCCGGGGCGAUUCGGUUGCACAUCUCCGUCGAGAUCAAGGGCGAGGAAAAGGUGGCUCCAUAUCACGUGCAGUACACCUGUCUGCACGAAAACGUAUUCCACUAUCUGUGCGAGGAAGCCCUGGGAACGGUUAAUCUACCGCAAACCAAGGGCGACGACGGUUGGAAGAUCUACUUCGACGAAACUCCGGAGGAGAUCGUCGACGAGUUUGCCAUGCGGUACGGCAUCGAGAAUAUCUACCAAGCGAUGACGCACUUCCAUUGCCUAUCGACCAAGUACCUGUGCGCGGGCGUUCCGGCAGUGAUGAGUACCUUACUAGCAAACAUUAACGCUUAUUACGCACACACGACAGCUUCGAGUGCUGUCUCGGCCAGUGAUCGCUUCGCUGCUAGCAACUUUGGUAAAGAAAAAUUCGUGAAACUACUGGACCAACUGCACAACUCUCUCCGUAUCGACUUAUCAAUGUAUCGCAACAACUUCCCCGCUUCCAGCCAAGAGAAACUGAUGGAUCUCAAGUCCACGGUCGAUCUGCUAACCAGUAUUACAUUUUUCCGCAUGAAGGUACAAGAACUGUCAAGCCCACCUAGAGCCAGCACGGUCGUGAAGGACUGCGUGAAAGCCUGUCUCCGCUCAACGUAUCAGUUUUUGUUCGAGAACUGCUACGAGCUGUACAAUCGAGAAUUUCAGGUCGACCCGAACGAAGCGAAACGGGAGGGUGAAGACCACGGACCAAAACUAGAGAACGUCGACUUCUGGCACAAACUAAUCGCACUUAUCGUAUCGGUUAUAGAGGAGGAUAAGAAUAGUUAUAGCGCAGUGCUUAAUCAAUUCCCGCAGGAGCUUAAUAUAGGACAGGUAUCGGCAGCUACGAUGUGGAGUCUGUUCGCGAUCGAUAUGAAGUACGCACUGGAGGAGCACGAGCAGCAUCGGCUGUGCAAGUCGUCCGCCUACAUGAACCUUCACUUCAAGGUGAAGUGGCUGUACACGAACUACGUAAAGGAGGUCCCACCGUACAAGGGCGCCGUGCCCGAGUAUCCCGCAUGGUUCGAACCGUUCGUGAUGCAGUGGCUUAACGAGAAUGAUGACGUUUCGCUCGAGUACCUGCACGGUGCCUUCAAGCGGGACAAGAAGGAUGGGUUCCAAAAGAGUAGCGAACACGCGCUGUUCUCCAACUCGGUCGUCGAUGUGUUCACGCAGUUAACACAGUGCUUCGAUGUAGUUAGUAAACUCGACUGCCCAGAUCCGGAGAUCUGGAAGCGGUACAUGCGACGGUUCGCCAAAACUAUUGUUAAGGUGUUGCUUGCUUACGUAGAUAUAGUUAAAACAGAAUUCCCCGAUAUCAUGCACGAGGAGAGAACGGCUUGUAUUCUAAUGAACAAUAUUCAACAACUGCGGGUCCAACUGGAGAAGAUGUUCGAUUCGAUGGGCGGCGACAAGCUGGAGGAGGACGCCGCCAACAUUCUAAAGGAGCUCCAGCAAAACUUGAACACCGCGCUGGAUGAUUUGGCAACGCUGUUUGCCAAGAGUUUGGAGCCCCGAAUUACGGUGAGCGUCCGCGAGUUGGGUGACCUGCUGCAGCAGGUUAAACAGCAAACAUCGCUCUUCCACGCUCCACCGGCGGACGACGCCGGACUGAUCGCGAUGGAAGCUGACGAGGUUCUGCGACCGUUGAUGGAUCUGCUGGACGGUUCGCUCUCGAUGUACGCCCAGUCCUGCGAGAAGACGGUCCUGAAGAGACUGCUCAAGGAACUGUGGAAGAUCGUCAUCCGAACGCUGGAAAAGACCAUCGUAUUGCCGCCGAUGGCGGAUCGAGCGAUGGUCUUCAAACAUCUGACCGAUAACGCCAAGAACUUGGCGGCAAACGCCAAGAUCGAGGACAUGUCCAGGUUAAUCAAGAACCACAUGGCCGGCAAGCCGGAUGCCAAAAACGUGCUCAGUGGAGUUAUGGACAUCUCCAAGGAGAUCGAGAAAAAUCUCUCCCCCAAGCAGUGCGCCGUGCUGGAGGUCGCUCUGGACACCAUCCAGCAGUACUUCCACGCCGGUGGCAACGGUCUGAAGAAGCCGUUCCUGGAGAAGUCGCCGGAGCUGCAAAGUCUCAAGUACGCCCUGAGCUUGUACACGCAGACGACCGACACGCUGAUCAAGUCGUUCGUCUCCGGCCAGGGAGCUUCCGAAGAAGGAGGCAUCAGCAGCGACGACGCUUCGGUGGGUGAAGUUUCGAUCCAGAUCGACGUUUCGUCCAAUCCGGAGAACGGAGAGCAGAAGAUUUCCGUUAAAGUAAUCGCCGCCAACGAUCUGAAGUGGACCGUCCCGUCCGGCAUGUUCCGACCGUUCAUCGAGGUGAACCUGAUCGGGCCGCAUCUGCACGACCGGAAGCGCAAAUUCGCCACCAAGUCCAAGUCGAACAACUGGUCGCCGAAGUACAACGAUACGUUCCAUUUCAUAAUUGGCAACGAGGAACAGUUGGAGUUCUUCGAGUUGCACAUCUGCGUUAAGGAUUACUGCUUUGCCCGAGAGGAUCGUCUGGUCGGGGUGGCCAUCCUCAAGCUGAAGGACGUAGUCGAUCAGGUAGGGAGGGUGGUAAAGUUUUUAUUUUGUUUUUGUUUGAAUGAUCGCGUGAAAGCGGGUGUGAAUGCGAGAUGGAAGAAUACCAAAAUUCCCGGUUUCAGGUAUUACAGGUUGCUUCAGACUGUUGGAAUGCCGCUCAGGAUUUGUGGACGAAUAUUUACAGGGUAAGAUUUGGUUUUGUGCAGGUUACUACGUUUAAUUUCUUUGUAUUUUCAUGACUUUUCUCCGGAUGGAACUUGCCGCAAGUGAACAGAUUAUAGGAGGGCUGUUGAAAAUCAAUAAAUAUUAAUUUUUGAA